AUGCUUGAACGAUUUUUGGAUUUGGCGCCAUAUAUAAGUGACAUAAUUUGUUGUAAAAUAGAUGCACCUACAAUGUUGACAGCAGUUCAGCUCAACACUAUAAAAGAUGUUGCUUAUGUUAUGCGUCCACUGGAAGCUAUGACAAGAGAGGCUUCUGCCGAACGUUACGUCACCAUUUCUAAAAUUGUACCCAUGGUGAGUUGUGCAAUUGACCAAUACAAGGAAUUGGGGGUGACUUCGACUAUUGCUGACGAAUUGAAGAGAAAUAUAACGCUGGAGAUAGAAAAGCGUUUCGGCCAUCUUGAAUACAACAUGUUGUUAGCCGUUUCUACAUUGCUAGACCCGCGUUUCAAGAACUUGCAUUUUAAAAAACCGGAAGCUUGUGCAAAAGCAAUGUCUCGAAUUAGAAAAUUCAUUUCUGAAUAUAAAUCUGCCGUAACGGCUUCGUCAACUUCUUCAGAAGAUGAAGAAAAAGUUGAUUUUGAUUUUUGGAAGUACCACAAAUCUUUGGCUCACACGCAGAUAAAAAGAAAAAAAACUGACGGUGACGAUGAACUCACGUUAUAUCUCUCUGCCCCUGUAAAUACUUUAAAAGUAAAUGUUCUUGAAACAUGGCAAGAGAUGCAGGGUGUAUAUCCGAAUCUUUUUAAAGUGGCAAUGUGUCAUCUACCGAUUGUAGCAACAAGUGUUCCAUCAGAACGUCUUUUUUCGAAGGCAGGAGCUACUAUAACCCAGAGCCGAAACCGGCUACAUGGAAGCAGACUUUCUAAGUUAUUAUUUUUAAGUUCAAUAGCUGGUACAAAAUACUGGAAUUAUUUUUUUUUUAAAUUAUAUAUUAAAAUAAUACAUUUUUUAUUUCCAAAUUUUCGUUUUAUUAACCUUAAAAAAAAGGAAAAUAUCGAUGAAAUAUCGAUAUAUCGGCUUCGGCGUACUUGA